CAUUUCUAAUUUCUUGCAAUGACUCACGAAGCAGAUUCGUAAUUGACCCAAUCAAAACACCGUAGCUUCUACACACCUUCCAUCGUCACAAUCAAACACAAUUCAACACCACACACAGUUGACCACAGAUUCAACUCCAAAGCUGGGAUCUCCAACAGAUCCCACCACUUCUCAUCCCCCAAUCUUCCCCUUCAAUUUCACCAUUUUCACCGAUGGGUUGCAUCUGCAGCACAUCAUCCAGCACCCACCACCACCAAACCUCAUCAACCUCCUCAUCACACACACCCUCGAUCUCCCCUUCAGAUCUAACCUCAUACGAGCACGCAUGCCGCUCAGAUCCCGACAUUAAGUCCUUCGACUCAUCCCUCCACUAUCGCACCACCCGCGUCAUCAACUCACUCGCUGUCGACGUCGAGGUCCGCUCACUCUCCCUCUCCUCCCUCCAAGAACUCACCUCAGGUCUCCUCGACAUGAACCAAGAAGUCGUCAAGAUCCUCAUCGAAUCCAAAGAAGACAUAUGGAACAACGAUGAGUUAUUCUCACUCGUUAAAGACUUCUUCGACCUCAGUCUCCAAACCCUAGACUUCUGCACUUCCUUACAAGACUGUUUAAAAAACGCCCGUCAUACCUUAUCACUUAUCAACAUUGCCAUCAAUCAAUUCGUUCAAGAUAACGAUUAUGUUAAAACAAUCGAACAAUUAAAACAAUUCCAGGUCAUUGCAUCGUCAGAUGGUCUGUUUUCCGAACAGUUUUUCUUGAACUUUCAGUUGGUUUACCAGCAGCAGGUUUCAAUGCUAAAGAGGCUGCUACUUCAGAAGAGAAAAGUAGAUAAGAAGUUGAAGUCUGCUAAAGUGUGGAAGAGGUUGACUAAUGUGAUAUUUGUUGUGACUUUUAGUACUGUGUUGAUUUGCUCGGUGGUGGCGGCGGCGGUGGCUGCGCCACCGUUGGUUACGGCUCUAGCGGCUGCGGCUGCUGUGCCGUUGGGUUCGAUGGGGAAAUGGGUGAAUUCGUUGUGGAAGAAGUAUGAGAACGAGUUGAAAGCGCAGAGGGAGAUGAUUAGUUCAAUGCGGGUUGGGAAUCGGAUUGUGAUCAAGGAUUUGGACAAUAUUAAGGUGUUGGUGGAUAAGUUGGGGAAUGAAAUGGAGGAGUUGGUGCGGAACGCGAAGUUUGCGAUUAGGGAAGAGGAGGAAGAGGCGGUGGCGGUUGCGGUUGAUGAGAUGAGGAAAGUUGUGAGUGAGUUUGGGAAGACGAUUGAUGAGUUGAGUGAGCAUUCGGAUAAGUGUUGUACGGAUGUUAAACGAGCGAGAACUGUGAUUGUGCAGAAGAUUAGUAAGCAUCCGAGUGGUUCGGUUUAGAUUAUGAUGCCAGGCUCUAAUGGGUGAAGUCACCAAAUUUGCCCCCGAAACCAGAUGAUGUGUGUAAGGUGUUUGAUAAAAUGUCGAGCCUAAUUUGUUUUCUGAUGCAUCCAGGAUGUUUGAUAAAAUGUUAAGAGAGUCUAAUUUGUUUUGUGAUGCAUCUUAUUAAUAUCAAGCCUAAAUUGUAUUGUGAUGCACAUAGUGUUGGAUAAAAUGCCAGGCCUAUUUUGUAUUGCGAUGCACAUAAGGUGUUCGAUAAAAUGUCAUGCCUAAUUUGUAUUGUGAUGCAGAUAAGGUGUUUGAUAAAAUGUCAAGUCUAAUUUGUUGUAUGGGAAAAUGGUGUUUGAUCAAA